AUGGCAGACGCACCCGUCACCUUCCUGCCCUUGGGCGCCAUCAUCCAGGAGCUGCUGGUCGGCGGCGUCAACAUCGUGCAGGGCUUCCCCGAGCAGUCGCAGUACGAAAGCCACAACGACCCCUUCUUCGGCGAGACGAUUGGGCGCGUCGCCAACCGGAUCAAGGGCGCCCAGAUCGACAGCCUGAACGGCGGCAAGAGCUACGCGCUGGCCGCGAACAACGGGCCCAACAAUCUGCACGGCGGCGUGGUCGGCUGGGGCAAGAAGAUCUGGGACGGUCCAAAACCCGUCGGCGUGAGGGAGAUCCCUGGCUUCGCAGGGCUCGACGGCGGCGAGAGCGUCAAGUUCAGCCUCGUCAGCCCGGACGGCGACGAGGGCUUCCCCGGCGCUGUGCAAGCGAGCGUCGUCUACACGGUCGGGAAGCAAUUGCAGGAGGGUAAGGACGUCAUCGUGCUCGGAAUCGAGUACGAGGCCGAGCUCGUGGGCGGCGCCGACGAGACUGUCAUCAACAUGACGAACCACUCAUACUUCAACCUAACGGGCGGGCCGUCUAUCGAAGGCACCGUCGUGACCCUUGCCACGAAUUCCUAUCUCCCUGUCGACGAAGGCGGCAUCCCGACGAGCGGACCCAAGGCGUUCGCCACGGUCCAAGGCGGCAAGGCAUUCACGCUUGGCGCCGUCGAGCCGGAUAUCGACGACUGCUUCGUCAUCAAUGAGGCGCCCAACACAGUGCCCAUCGAUACGCGGUCUCUGCCUGCGGCCAAGCUCGUAAGCGCGCACCACCCCGAGUCCAAGAUCCACCUCGAGGUGUACAGCACAGAGCCAGCGUUCCAGUUCUACACUGGCAAGUACAUCAGCGUCCCGGAGGUGGCGGGGGUGCCGGCACGGAACGCCCGGAGCGGCUUCUGCGUCGAGCCGAGCCGGUACGUCAAUGCAUGCAAUGUGGACGAGUGGAAGGGCCAGAUGCUGCUGAAGAAGGGCGAGAAAUAUGGCUGCCGCAUCGUGUACCGGGCGUGGAAGGAGUGA